AUGAAGGCGGGGAGGGGAGAGUUCGCAUCCUGAGCUCUUCCUGCUGGCUUGGGAGUGGCAGUCCCACAAAGGGCUGAAGCGGAGCUGUCACCGGCAGAGCCAGUGACUGGCGAGCUCGGGCUGGAGCACAGCCAGCAGGACCCAGUGGGUUGGAACCAGGCUGCAUUGGAGCUCGCCACAGACCCUGCCCCAGGCAAGUCCUGCUCAGGUCCCCAAGCAGCACCCUCAGGCCUCGUUCCUUGGGCGCGCCCCGGGGUGGAAGAUGGCUGGGAGCACCUCCAUUGAUGCGGUGAAGAAGAAGAUCCAGAGCCUGCAGCAGGUGGCGGACGAGGCAGAGGAGCGCGCGGAGCAUCUGCAGAGGGAGGUGGAUGCUGAGAGACAGGCCAGGGAGCGGGCUGAGUCUGAUGUGGCCUCCUUGAACCGCCGUAUCCAGCUGGUGGAAGAGGAGUUGGACCGAGCCCAGGAGCGCCUGGCCACUGCACUGCAGAAGCUGGAGGAGGCCGAGAAAGCGGCUGAUGAGAGCGAGAGAGGCAUGAAAGUCAUUGAGAACCGGGCCAUGAAGGAUGAGGAGAAAAUGGAGCUCCAGGAGAUGCAGCUGAAAGAGGCCAAGCACAUAGCAGAAGAGGCCGACCGCAAAUAUGAGGAGGUUGCCCGUAAGCUGGUGAUCAUUGAGGGGGAGCUGGAGCGCUCGGAGGAAAGGGCGGAGGUUGCAGAAAGCCGAGUGAGACAGCUGGAAGAGGAGCUGCGCACCAUGGACCAGACCCUCAAAUCCCUGAUGGCCUCAGAGGAAGAGUACUCCACCAAGGAAGAUAAGUACGAGGAGGAGAUCAAGCUGCUAACAGACAAACUGAAGGAGGCUGAGACCCGAGCGGAGUUUGCUGAGCGAUCCGUGGCCAAGCUGGAGAAAACCAUUGACGACUUAGAAGCGCGCUCCCAGCAGGAGGCGGAGAAAAACCGUAUUCUCACUAACGAACUGCGGGUCAUCCUUAACGAACUUAACAACUGAGCCAGCCUCAGCCCAUGCUUAUGUCACGUAGCCUGUGUCUCUUGGGGUGUUCCAGCCCCAUCGCUCGCCCCGUGUUGCCCAGGACAUUCCCUGCAGCCCCGAGUCCUGGUAACAGGUCCCACCAGGCCUGGGGAGUCCCUGCCCUCUCCCUGCUGCUGGGUACUUGGCACAUGGACCCCCACCCCCUGGCCUUGCAGUUCAGAGUGACCAGCCUGCUCUGAACGGCUGGAGCCUCCUGAGCUGGUUGAUUUGCUCAGGGGCAGAGCCUGCUGCCAUCACAACCCAGCGAUCGGGAGCCUGCUGUAAUACCCAGAGCCCCACCUUCCCCAUGGGGGCACUGCCGAGCCGGUGCCAGCUGCCCAGGCUGGGGAGGGAGUGCCCAUGUGAUGGGCUGAGCCACAUGAACCCUCCCAAGAGCGUAGAGCUCCCCAAGCCGGGGAAGGGGACAGCCAGCCUCCCACCGGCUCUGCCAGGACCUUCCUAAACCACCCAAGUGCUGCAGGCAAAGGCUGUCUGGAUACUGCUCUCACAGGUCCAGCUUCUCCAGCUCCAGGAACUGUAAGGAACAGGGCAGGAGCCCAGCUGCUCUGGCCCCAGCCUCUCCCAGCAGGGUGCGCUGGGCAGCAGCCGCAGGUGACCUCAUGGAAACGCCUGUCCCAGCAAGGGCUCUGGUAGGCAGCAGGACAGACGCACUAGAAGGGGGAGCUCCCAGCUACUCCACUCCCAGACCCAGUGUCUCCCAGCUGAGGGUGUCGUGGCGAGUCUCCUUCCAGCAGAAGUGGUGUGGGGGACAGCGCAGAAGCGCUGGCUGUGAGCAGGUUUCCCGUAGCAUGUGCUGUACACGAGGGCUAGAACUGGCUCCUGCAGUUUCGUUAGUGCUGGUCUCUCUUCCCUCUGUGCUGUCCUCUCUCCUCCUGAGCUGCUGCCUUGCUCCUGCUCUCCAGGGAUCACUGCGCCCAGCUGAGUCUCGAAGCAGCUGGUCAGUACUAUGCACCUUUCAUCAUGAGUGGCUGGGCAGGACUCGCUGGGGAUGGACCUGGCUCUGCUGGAAGCACAUGGCUGCGGAAAUGGGGCUGUGCCAUCUGACAGCCCCAUGUGCAGUAGCAACCUGCAGGGAGCACAGGUAGAAGCAGUGGGUGUGACAUUAGGCUGCAAGGAUCUGGCUGGUCCAGGUGCCCUACCUGCCUCUGAGCUAUUGCUGCUCUGUGAGGUCGGGCCGUGUCCCUGGUAGGGCCUUGGCGUGGAGCUGGGGUACGUUAUGGUGCUGUGUGGAAAUGCUGUUCCCCAGCGACACCGAAAUGCCCAUGUGUGUCUGGGUGUGUGGGGGUGUGCGCGUGUGUCUUGGCUCGGUCUGUCCCUCCCUGUGCACGGGCGGGUCUGUCUCCGUGCCUGUGUGAUCUGCGUCUGUCU